GGUAGACUACAUGUGAGUAAGCUUUUGUUGCUGUGCAGAAGGAAGCCUUUACUUGAGAUCCUGGAUAUGCUGAAAACUGCCAAGAGCUGAUACCCUUCUCAAGCUCGAGAAGUGUUACUUUCCUCAGGACUCGAUGCCAUUGCCUUUGCAGUGUUUUAUCGCGCGUGUUGCUGUAUCAGGUUGUCCCGAGAUGUGAUGUUCUUCCUGGUUGCACAGUAGCUCGCUGUCUUUCCCGUUGGGCGAGAAUUUCAUCACUGGCUAUUGGAGCUCGUCGAAUUAGUUCAGGAUCAGAUUAUUUGAACAUCUAGCUGAAGUGUAAACGAGAAAUGGACAACUCUCGAGCCAGAUUGGACUCAGAACUGCUUUAUCUCAUUUACAGACAUUUGGCUUCAGGACCAUGUGCAAGGACUGCUCAGGCUUUGAAAGAAGAAUUGGAAGAGAAUCAGUUGCUCCCUUCACGGUUUGACUGGACUGGACGUCAGCGCUAUCAACAGCUCUCCGCUCUGGAUCAACGGCUGUCGCACAUUCAGUCUGAUCACCUGCCUCGUCUGCUGGAGUCGUUCGUUCAGCUAUGGAACAACGCCUGCAACCCACCCGUGCCUGGUCUGACCUCUCUGUUCAAUGCUGGUGCCGUGUCACUUCUAAAUGCAACACAAGAGCACAAGCCCAUUAUCCGACCGCCAGAUGCCUUGCUGGUUGUCCAUCACUCAAGGCCUGCCCCAUCUCUGGAGCGGCACGCAGCCAGUAUCACAUCUUUGCUCAAGGCCCGACGGGUAACUGGCAUCUUUGCGCAGAAGCAUAUGUUGCAUCCAGUCAACUUCUAUUCCAAGUUCAAGAAGUAUCGUCGACUGAUGGGCCACUUGUGUGCUUCCUACUGCGUACUUUAUGACCGCACUGGUACUCGUGUCCUCACUGGAGCUGACGACUGCUUGCUGAAGAUCUGGUCAGCACACGAUGGCCGCCUGGUGUCCACCCUGCGUGGCCAUCAGAGUGAGGUUGCGGACAUAGCUGUUGACCUGGAGAACCGGUUGAUUGCCAGUGGUGGCUGUGAUAAGGUGAUUCGAGUAUGGAAUCUACAAACCCGGGCACCGGUUGCUGUUCUGCUGGGUCACAGCGGUGUCAUUACAUCUCUCCAGUUCUGCCCGUACCCUAGCCGAGCAAUCCGAUAUCUGGUCUCCACUGGCGCUGAUGGAAAUGUCUGCUUCUGGGAGUACAACCCAACAUCGUUCACGUUUUGCCUCAAUCCCACGAAGUUUGUGGAGCGAGGCAAGCCUGGUGAUCAGAUCUUGUGCUCCUCAUUCAGUGCCGGUGGGUGCUUGCUGGUUUGCGGCGGAACUGACCACGUUGUGCGUUUGUACCAGUCCCAGCCCGGUCCACCGGAGCGCCUGGCUGAACUGGAUGGCCACACAGACCGUGUCCAGACUGUUCAAUUUGCUCACAAGGGCAACAGAUUUGUCAGCGGUGGCCGCGACGGUAGUGCUCGCAUUUGGAGCCACACGGGCAGCAACUGGAAGUGCGUCGUCUUGUCCAUGCACACACGACUAGCCGACUCUGUGGCACCCAAGGUCAACAAGCUCAACGUCACCAUGGUUGCGUGGGAUUUGAUUGAUGAACACAUCAUCACUGCUUCGAAUGACACCAUAUUGAAAGUGUGGAAUCCCGAUACCGGAGUGCUCAUUCAUGAAAUGCGGGGUCAUGAGGAUGUAGUGUUUGUCCUGGAGGCACAUCCCAUAGACGAGCGUAUACUGAUGAGUGCAGGCCAUGAUGGCGUCAUAGCUCUCUGGAAUCUCUGCACGGGUACAAUGAUCAAGCGCUUUGAAAAUCGGUAUCACGGCAAUGGUGUGGCGUCUGUAUUUGACUGCAAGUUCUCACCGGAUGGACUGUCCAUGGCCUGCUGUGAUAGUCAAGGCCAAGUGUCCUUUUUCGGUGUGCCAGACACCAAGGCUUUUGAAAAGGUUCCUGAUCAGCAGUUCUUCCACACAGAUUACCACCCGCUCGUGCGUGAUAUUCACAAUCAUGUGUUAGACGAACAGACUGAGCUUCCUCCUCAUGCUAUGCCUCCGCCGUAUCUGGUGAACAUGGACUGCAAUCCGUACCCGCCGGAACUCCAACGCCUGGUAACAGGAUAUGUACGACCCGUUGUUGCGGUAGCAAAGAAGGAGUGCAGUGAGGAAGAACUCUACCAGGGCAUCGAUGUUGCAUGGCCCGAGGUGCACGCGCGUCGCCAGGUCCUGGUUGCCGAGAGGCAGGCACGUGAACAGCGAUUUAAGCGGGAGCGGGAGGCGUACGCCGCAGCACGGAAGGCCAAUCACGAUCUCACCGAUUCAGAGGAGUCUGAGGACGAUGAGCUUUCUGGCUUGUUCCCGUUUAAAGACGAUCUGCAUCAAGGUCCUUCGAAGCGUCGACGUUCGAUGUCAAUCGUCAGCGGGGAGUUUGAUGGUGUAUUGUCCCCUCCUCCGCCUGGUCCAAGCAGUGCCACUCGUGUUGACAGUGCUACCACCCCCUCUGCUACGGCUGCUGCACCUGCCACACCAGGGUCGGCAGUCACUCCACUUCUUGCUCCUCGCUCCGGUAGCAUGCUGGACUCGUUUGUGUUGCCGUUGCAAUCUGCGCCGGUGGUGAGUAGUCGUAGCUCGGUGAGCGCCGGCACUGGUGAUGGAACAGCACGCCGUGCAGCAACGCCAAUGAGAGCUCUACGCUCGCCCCCGCCUAUGGCUGGUGUAGCGCAGCCCGGCAGUGUCCCGCCACUGUCAGGCUUUACCACCACCACCGGUGCUGCUGCUGGUGGCACAACUCCUGUGUCUGCACUAGGGGAGCCGAUGGAGCAGGUCUGCAGUAGUAACAGUAGCAUUGCUGUCAUCAGUGCUACCGUGUGUAGCAGCAACACUUCACAUAACACCUCUCCAGCUCUGGGAAACACUAUGGCCAGAGAUGCAGUCGCCGCCACCACUCCCUUUGCUAGCACUACAGCUGCUGCUGCUUCAUCCGCUGCUAGUCAUGCUGUGACACCGGGUGAAUUGCCCAUUGCGCUAGUCCAUCCACUAUGUGCAAAUAGCCCGGUUCGAGAGUUUCCUGCUAGCUCAGCAGAUGCAGUGGCUGUUCGUGAUGCUGCGGUGGACUAUGCGUCUACGGGCAGUAUGGAUCGUAAUCGACUUGCCGCUGCUUCCAGUGCUGCUUCUGCCAGUGAUACUCCUACAGUAACGUCCCUGUCACCUAGUACUGCCACCGCCGCCGCCUCUGCUCCUUCAUCUGCUGGUGUUGCUGCUACUGAUGUAACUGGUGAAGAGCCUAUGGAUACGUCAACAAGCGUGCCCGACUCACAGCAGCCAGUUUCUGCAGCAGCAACUGCAAGUUUCAACCAAGCUGCUCCUGCAAUACCACUCGCUCCUGUUGCAGCUGUUGCCUCUGCUGGUGUUGCCUCUGCAGCAGUUGCCGCUGCUGGGGUCGGUAUGCAUGAGAACGGCGAUGGUGACGGCGAUGACGAGGAGUCUGAAGCCGAGCAAACAGAUGCACAGCGUGCCACCUCCAUGGCUGAGCGCUAUGUUCGUCAGCAACAUGCUGCCAAUACUGCUGUUCUGCUGCACAAGGCGGCCACCGACUGUCCAAGCGUGGAUGUGUUACUGGAACACUGGAAAAAGCGGCCGGCUGCUCCUCCACUGGACAAGGCCACUCUGCGGGUGGAAGAAGAGAGAAGAGUGGCUCUUGGAGAAGAGGAGCUUAAGAGGCUGAUUGGCCUGAAGCAGUCAUCAUUCCUUCCGUUUUCUUCAAGUGGACAUAGUCCGUGGGUGACCUUAUUCAAAGGCAGCUCCUUUCUAAACCAGCAGCCCGGCGUUUUCGGCGGACCUCGCACGGAGAUCACCGGCAACAGGUCUGCAUUGGGUGUGCCACAGAUCGAUGUCAUUCAGGCCACGCCGCGACAGCCACCGCCACGCCGCAGGGCGCGAGCCAACGGCCCAGCUAAUGCUCAGGCAGCGCCGGGCUAUCGACUCAGCAGCCGCUCGGACAGCAAUCGCUCGAUUCCAGCCAACAAUGGCAGCCGGGGGGAUAGCGGCUCGGACAACGGUGAUGACAGUGAUGUACACAUAAGCCUGGACGAGAUGAGUGGCUCUUCGUCGUCCAGUAUGGAGGAGAGCGAUUGCUCUGACUGGUCCGAAGAUGCCGGCAUUGCAAGAGCUGCACGUGCUGCUGCCAGACGCCGCGCUGCAGAGUCUGAACGGCAGGCGCAGGCUGCCUCAUCUCAAAAUGCAACAGCAUCCUCUCGGCCGGCAAAGAAGAAGAAAGCUCCUCCGAAGAAGGAACCGGUUCGACAGGUCGAUCCUGCAGAGUUACAGCGCUUCUGGCCAUCGAACUGGAUAACAAGUACGGAGCCCUUACCUCAGCCAUAUUUCCCGCAGCAAGGCGACAAGAUUUUCUAUUGCCGGCAAGGCCACGAGUCUUAUAUCGACAGUAUCACGGAGAACAAUGUCCAUCGUGUUGACAAGAAGAUGCUGCCUUGGACGAAGAAGAAGUUCCCAGUGCGGGAUCACGAGGUGUGCUACGUGGUGAACGUACACUUUGUUGUUGGCCCGCCGACUCUCUGCAAUCUGAAACUGCGUGUCAUAAGCUCAGCUCCGAACCGGCCAGACCGCUCUACAUUCUCCAUCCAGUAUCAUGACUACGACAAUGUUCCUGAUUUCAUCGUGCUCUACUCUCGAGUCAAGGAAGCACUGGAGUGUCAGUGGAAAGCUGGUGAUCAUUUUCGGAGUAUGAUUGACGGCCAGUACUGGACAGGUACUAUUCUGGAACGGCGGCCGUUUCAAGCGGAUCAUCCCGAUAGUCUUUGGCAGUGCUACGACGUCCGGUGGGACGGUGGUGAAACGGAGUUACUUAGUCCAUGGGAUAUGGAGCGGAUCGAUGGUGCUCAAGCAGAAGGUGGUCGUGGUGCCAGUGCCUCCGGCAAUCGUCUUGGCAUCCGCACCAGAAGGCAAUCUGCAGCAGUGGCCAAUGAGAUGAAUAUGGGCUCUAUUCAGGCGAGCAUUGAUGCGCAAAACUGGAUCCUGCCGGGCGAGGAGGAGGUGGAAGAGUGCUGGGCAUCGGAGAACGCCGACGCUGCCAGCGCGCGCAUCUGUGCUGGACUGGAAAAGGUCCAGGAGUCGCUGGACAUUGCGCAACCGUUUGCAUACUCUGUGGAUUACAGGGAGGCCUAUCCGGAGUACUGUGUCUGCGUUGCGUUUCCCACCUGUCUGGACAUGAUCAUCAGUAAACUAAAGCACAAGUUCUACAGGCGAGUGGCUGCGGUACUUUGGGAGGCCCGCUUGCUGCAGAAGAAUGCCAAGGCGUUCAAUGAGGAGGACAGCGAAAUAGUACAUUCAUCCCAAGCGCUCGUUACACUCCUGUGCAAGUUCAUCAAAACACCAUCUUGCACUGAUCCAGUGGAGCUGUAUCACUCCGGUGCCUUGUUAGAUGAAGACAUGGAGGAGGAUGGCGAAGAGUUGGCGGCGGGCGCAUCCGCUACUUCUCCCCAGGGCCUGCUGUCGCUGUCGACCAGUGGCGCCGCUGGCUCGGCCGGUGCAGCCUCGUCUUUGUCCGCAGUUGCCGCGUCGCAUUCCAACUCUCGUCUCCUGGGAUCCGGCAGCAACGCUAGCGCCGACGGCUCCUCUCACUCCUCUGGUAUCCGGACAGUGCGACGGCGAACGAGAGCAGCUCUGAAUGGCUCUGUGGCGGCUAAUGGAUUUAAUGCUUCGUCCUCGUCCGAAGACGAUGAGCCCGAGCCUGUGCGCAUCACUCGGGGAAACAAGCAUGCUCAUAACGAGGCUCCAGGGGAAUGUCCCAACCAGCCACUGACACCGGAUCUGUACCAGUUUUGCUCGCGGCUCAUAGAGGAUAUUGCCGUGCUCGAUCCAGCGCGUGUCUUUCAGGAGCCUGUCGACCUUAAGUCGUUGCCUGACUACCUACAGUACGUGACACAUCCGAUCGAUUUCAAGACACUGAGUGAGCGCAUGCUGCGUGGCGAGUACGCUACCAUUCCUGACUUUUGCCGCGCGCUGGUGAUGAUCUUCAACAACUCUAGACUGUACAACAGUCAGAAAUCAUCCGAGGUGUAUAAACUGACCUCUCGCCUGUGGCGUAAGUAUGAUGAUCUCGUCCUCGACUUCCUCCGCGACUGCAACAACGGUCAUGAUCUUCCUGAUAUCGGAAUCAUUCCGAAGAAGAAUUCGCGUCGCUCUGCGCAGCAUGCCAAGAAGGCACUUAAGCGCCGUCGCCAGGACUCCUCUUCGGCCUGCACGUCGUCGUCCUCUUCUUCUGACCCGGACGACUCUGCGUGUGAUGGCCAGAACAACAAUAGCAGUGCAGACUCUGACGAAGACGAGGACGACGCAAGCGAGCAGGAGAGCGAAGAAGAGCUGGAUGAGAACGCUACUGGCGAGUCCAGCGAGGAAAAGGAGGACGAUGAGGACGAUGACGAUGGCCCUCGCCGGAGAAGAUCUGCAGCCCGCAGCCACCGCAAGCCAGCAGCCGCUGCCGCCACCGCCGCCGCCACACCUGCAAGGAAUUGCCGUGCACCAGCCAAGCCCGUGAAGGCGACGCCGCGAACGCCGGCCAAGCCACCUCUGAAAUUGAAGAUCAAGGUAACACAGCAGCAGCAGCCGCAGCAGGCUCCUCCUGCAAAGCGCCAGCGCAGAGCAGCACAGCGUGCCACCUACUUUGAUGAUUCAUCGGAUGGUGAGGAGAACUUCACUCCUGCGUCGGCCGCAGUCAGCAGCGCUGAUUCCGUGCCAAGCAAUGAGGUCACCGGCACGUCUCGCAGUGGAAGAACAAUCAAACGCAACUCGCGCUUCCGGCAGAUGUAGGCUGCUGCUGUGUGUGUGCGAGUGUGCAGGCAUGUACAUGUCUGUCUGUAUGUAUGUAUGUAUGUCUGUCUGUCUGUCUGUCUGUCUGUGCCUGUAUCUGUAUAUGUGACUAUAUCUAUGGCUGUGUUCAUGUGCUUGAUUCUAAGCAGUCCGCCGGGUGCAGGUGCCGGCGGAGUGCACUAAUCUCGAUGAAACACACACUCACACUCACUGGCGAUUGUGUUGAUUGCGUCUUGCUUGGAAUCCCAUAUCUAACCCGUUGUCCGCUGAUGUCUGGAAAGUUGCUGCUGUAUUUGUACUGCUCACAUCAUCAUCAUAAUUAUUACCUUCUAGUUUCUCUGUCUAUAUCGGCCUUACUAACAGUGUUUUUGUUUAAUCCUCCCCCGGAACACCUAUUAUCUCAUCAGCUUAUCUUAUCUUUUUAUUAGUGAUUUCCAUACUUUCCA